AUGAUGUAUUAUGACGCCGUCAUUGCACGACAAAGACUCAGUGCGGCGGACGUGCAGUGCGUGAAUGCAGGUGUGAGGGUGGAUGCGCUUCAACAGCGGCUUUUCCGUUUGGAACACAAGCCGAUCGAAACGCUUGAAGAGUACGUGGAAAGGCGAGUUGAAGCUCGUGCCCGGGAAGCCGGCCUGGACACACCUUUCUCGCACUGGUAUUCCGAUGCCCAGUAUGACUACGCGAGGAACGCAAAGAAACGAGACGCACGGAGGGCCAAGAUCAGAAAGCGAUUGCUGGAGCUGACAAGUCGCCUACCUCAAAACGAUGGCAACCCGGACAGUGCAGGGUCCGGCACGUCUGCAACCAAGGGUAGCCUUGGCGUUGGCACGAGUGGGUCGGCACACGCGACAACGACCAGCUCCGGAACCCACGACACUGCUGCUCACGCUCCCACAAGUGAAUACGUCGAGCUGUCCACGGGAGCAGGAACCACGACUGUUUCUGGCAGCACAUCUCCCCGCAGAUGUGCCCGAUUAAUUUCUGAUGGUAGCAACAUCAGCGACACGCUUGAUACAGGAACAGGCAACGCCAUAGGCGCUAGUGAAGCCUUGAGCGCUGUCGUAAGAGAGGUCGAUCUUUUCAGCGACGAGGAAAGCUUAUUGUGGGGACCAGACGGACCGUUUACAGACACGGAACGUUGGUUACAGGCGUUGGAGGUGAAAAUUCAGGGACUGGAGGAGGAGGAUCCGGCACUCCUCGAAGCAUACACGGGCCAACCUGACUCCUCUCCCGACAUACCUGACGGGAGCCAAGAAAACGGCACAUGGUCGUCCAUACUCACAGACGCGGAAAGCAGCGCUGAAAUGGACGACAGCGCGAUAGGCUCACAAUGCCAGGAUAGUCUCAUGAGCCUGCAAGAGCCGGGACGCCCGGAACAGCGGACACGGGCGGGCUCAAUCUCGGCAGUAAGGCAAGCGGAUGAUGCUGAUGCAGCCGUCGGCGGGGCACCCGCGAGCCACCCGCAGACGGCGGCGGAUCCGCGAUGUGCUAGCCACCGGCGAUUGCUUGGCGAGUCCGGCGCGGCAACCGGUGGCUUACGAGCUUGCAGCGAUCCGAAGAAUACGGGGGAAGCUGGCACGCCUGAACGGCGGUCCCUGGCGCCGGCUCCGGCAGUCUCAGAGGCUCCAGGGGAGCCAGUGGGGACGCGGCCGGCUGCUGACGUGAGCACACAGUUGGAACAGCGACCGCGGCGAAAACGUAGUCGGCGGGCACAUCUGGAGUUUCUUCAGCAAGAAGUGUUCAUGCACAACCGAGUCCUUCAGCAGCUCGAAAAGGAAGGCGAAGAGACAUUUAUUCAGUACGUGACGCGGUAUCUUGCGGAGCGAGCUGCACGGGAGGGACAUUCGGUACCAACAUCAGCCUCGCUUUGUUUGGCGAAAUACAACUACAACAAGGCCAAGAAGAGGAGGAAGCUAUCGAUUGCCAAAACAAAAAAAAGGCUUGAAGAGAGAGUUAAGGAGCUCACGCAACUUUUAGAAUCAGGUGCGGCUGUAGAGGGCAAUGCAGACGCCACAUAG